GAAGGAAUGGAAGACUUGCUUUGCUGAUCAGAGCCUGAAGGGAAAGGGGGAAAAAACAAAUCAAAGAGAAAUCCAUAAUGGUGGCGCGUUGCAAGAAUCAAAAGUUGCCAUGUGAAAUACGCAGCUCUCCUGCUUGUUUUCGAGAAAAAAAUAAAGUUGGCAUCUGCAUCUGAUCCCCCGCAGGGUUCUAGAACCUUCCUGAGUUUCCAUCCCCUCCCAUGGCCGCUGCCAUAUCCACCAAGACUAUCGCCGCCGCCACCAGCCCGCGGCCCCGCCCCCGCCCCCGCGCCGCCUCCUUCCUGUCCUUCCGCCCCACGGCGCGGCUGCCAGGCGCCGUCGCCGCCUCCUCCUCCGGCUCCCGCCGCUGCAAGGCCAAGGACGACACCAAGGCUUCCGCCGCUUUCGACGACGACGACGACGCUGUGCUGGACGUGGCAGAAUCAACAUGGGAUGAACUCGUCCUUCGCUGCAAGGCGGCGGUGCUUGUCGAGUUCUGGGCACCGUGGUGCGGUCCCUGCCGUCUGAUGCACCCUAUCAUUGCAGAUCUGGCAAAAGCAUACACGGGCAGGCUGCGGUGUGUCAAGCUCAACACUGACAAGAACCAGGAUGUCGCGACGAGGUACAGCAUCAGAAGCAUCCCUACCAUCUUGAUAUUCAAGAAUGGGGAGAGGAAGGAGACGGUGAUUGGCGCCGUCACUGAUACCACACUGGCGAAGACGGUCGAGAGAUUCUUGUAGGCUACUCUAGUCUACUCAUCUCAUAUAAGAAGCACUGCACCGUCCGGUAGCUGGGAAACAAGUUUAUGAUGGCAGUUGAGUUUGGUGAGAGCGCUGCGUGAUUGGAGUGGACGAGAGAUUGCAUACAGAAUUAGGCUUUUGAUUUGUUGAACCUGGACAGAUUGCUAUCGAUAGAUGUUUGGUGGCAUGGUAAUGGCAUUCUAAUUAAUACCGGAUGCAAAGCCUACAACUUUAGUGUUCAUUAUUUUUUUAAUUUUUUUAUUUGUAAUGACAGGUGACUAUUCUUGUUGAGCAACGAGUUUAGCAUGGAAGCA